CUGCCUCCGAACAAGCGCCGCCCACCCGACGCCAGUGAGCUGAAGCUAGGGACACAGAGGGUCCGUUGAUCAGCCGCCGCCACCGCCACCGCCAUGACCACAUCUCUUACAGACUACCAUGACGCCGAGCUCAACCGGCUGAGGGUUGUGAUCGACAACGAUGCUUCCGACCGCGCGACGGUCAUACGGGUGGAAAUCCUCAGCAGACUCUGGGUCCUCACCUGUGCCAUCAACGAGCACGGCCUCCUCAUCCACGACUCCGAUCUCCACUACCACAGCAGAUUGUGGCACGGGGCUAUCAGUGUCACCGAUGAUGACGGGAACAAGAUUGCUGAUGAGCGAACCAUCACCGACAUCCGAACCGCCAUCGAAGACAUGGAACGUCAGCAUCUUACUCGCAUGAAUGCACUGUGGCACGAUGAUUUCUUGGCUUCUCUCGGCUGGAAUAUUAAGGACACUUGGGACACUUGGGAUAGUUUUGAUCUUGGUGAAGCCAUGGUAAAACAAAAAUUGCGUGCUGAUUUGGAAAAUCAAACACCUCGUUCUAAAUGCUACAACAUUGAUUUGGACGUCAGCAAGGCGGAGGAGGUGCUGCUGCACCGGAGGAUCCUCGCCGAGUGCGCCGACGCCGACAAGCACCCCGUCGUGCACGCCCGCUUCUUCGGGUACUUUGAUUCGCAGGAGGACAAGCUGCCGGCCGUUGGCUCUUCUCGGACAGAAAAGGGUAAUCCUGGAGCCUCUGUGGCAUCCAAUUCGAGGGGCUCCACUAAGGAUACUCAAUUUUCAUUCUCGCCCUCAGGAAUGAGCGGCAUUGACUUAAUGGUUGGUUCUGGCAGUGUGCACGUACCAAAACAUUACAGUGUGCACCACCCAGUUGUCCAGAUGGUGCUGUUCGCCACUGUAUUAUCUGAUGACUUCGACCACAAAUACUUCAUGAUGCCUAAAGCUGCCCUUAACAUUAAGAAGAAAUUACCUUGGUUUUAUAUUGUUUAUGGAGAUGGUUCAGUUGUUGCAAAAGCACAUGUGUCUAAGUUCCGUACUGGAGUUGUAUGCUUUUCAAAGCAUCCAAAUGCAAAUGAGGUUUUCCUCGGUUAUACCAGCGCAACAUACAGGUUGGAUGAACGAACAUCAACACUGCUCAACUCCAGCCACUUCAGUGAAGAACGACAUGGUUCGAAGAUGUAUGCACUAGUGAUGCCGAGAUCAUCUAUGUCUUGUGAUGUGGGAACCGUGGCACUGUGUCUCUGGCUAGAUUCCGGUGCCAGUAGCCAUAUGGUGGGUGACAGCACAAUUCUCAUAAAUCUUCGUGAUCUGUCCACCGGGAGGGUCAUCAUCACAGCAGAUGGUUCCCGGCUUGCUGUCGCGAAGGUUGGUGACAUCCAGACACCAGACAUCAGGAUCCAGGACGUCUUCUAUGUACCCGGACUCCAAAUGAAUCUCGUUUCAGUGCGUCAACUCGCAAAGAGCAAGGUGGUCACUACUUUCUACGAAAACCAUGCCAAGCUAUGCUUGGAGGGAGAGCAGAUCGGCGGCGCUGUCGUGGACGACACGGUGUCUCUAUAUAAAUUGCGAUACCUUCACUAGCUGUAUUCGCUCAGCUGAUUUUGUAAUCUUUCUACGAAAACAAUGCCAAGCUAUGAUUGGAGGGAGAGCAGAUCGGCGGUGCUGUCGUGGACAGACACGGUGUCUCUGUAUAAAUUGCGAUAUCUUCACUAGCUGGAUUCGCUCAGCUGCUUUUGUAAUCUACAGAGAGAUGCACAGGCAGCUUGUACAUAUAGAUUUUGUGUUGUAGAAAGACAGAAACAAUCUUCGUCUUGCUGUCGGUAAAUUAAUAGUUGUGUCUGCAAUUUUCACCAACA